AUGGCUGCCGAAAACAAGCCGGAAGGGUUGAAAAGGAUAAGGAAUCCAGAGCGGAUGAUUAGAAUCGCCGUGGGAUACACAGGACAUGCCCCUCCCAAGAGUGAUGACACUGACACCAACGGUGAGCCUGGCCAGUUGAAGAUCUACCUACCUAAGAAGCUGUUGGAGUGUUUGCCCAAAUGUUCCUCUCUGCCCAAGGAGCGCCACCGCUGGAACACCAAUGAGGAGAUUGCAGCGUAUCUGAUCACAUUUGAGAAACAUGAAGAAUGGCUGACGACAUCACCCAAGACCAGACCUCAGAAUGGCUCGAUGAUCCUGUACAACAGGAAGAAGGUAAAGUACAGGAAGGAUGGCUACUGCUGGAAGAAGAGGAAAGAUGGGAAGACCACCAGAGAAGACCACAUGAAGCUCAAAGUACAGGGAGUGGAGUGUCUGUACGGCUGUUAUGUCCACUCUUCCAUCAUCCCUACCUUUCAUCGCAGAUGCUAUUGGCUGCUCCAAAACCCAGACAUAGUGUUGGUACACUACCUGAACGUUCCAGCGGUGGACGACAGUGGGAAGCCAUGUGGGCCUGUCCUCUGCUCCAUCAACACAGACAGGAAGGAGUGGGCCAAGUGGAGCAAGGAGGAGCUCAUUGGACAGCUCAAACCCAUGUGUGCCGGGAGUAGCCUGCACCAGAAAUGCUCCACAGCCAAACACCGCAUUAUCUCCCCCAAAUUAGAAGCAAAGACAGGGACAGGGACUGGGACAGGGACAGGGGCUGGGACUGGGACAGGGUCUGGGACAGAGGUGCAGAACAGUGAUGUGUCUGAGGGGCAGACAGAGCCCAGUCCUGGAGUGGGGGCCAGGAGCAGAGGAGGGGGGGAGAGGAAGAAUGGUAGGCUGCCCAAACCCUCCCUGCUUCCUCAGAGCAGCAUGGAAGUCUCCUCCACAUCCACCAAUCAGGUGGAGGUUCCCGACACCACACAGAGCUCCCCACUGUCAAUCACCAGCGACAUUACUGCAGACAGUCCCGCCCUCUGCCUGGCCAGCAGCCUAUCACAGAGCUCUGCUGCCGUGUUCAUGUCCAAGGUUGCCACGGUAACAGGGGAUUCCGUGUACACCACAGAACACGCCCACCUGAUUGGCGCCACCCAUGACGCCACCACCACUGGGAUUCUACUGGCUGUUGCCCCGGACACCCAGCGCUUUGAGUUCCCUGGGGGGGUGGGAUUAGCAGAGGAAGGGGGGGAGUUGGUCCUCUCCAGCAGUCUGGAUGCCGGAGGUUCUGGAGUCAACCUUCUUGAGACCAGCAUGAACUUUGACCCAGACUGCUUCCUCAACAACCCCAAGCAGGGCCAGACAUACGGGGGAGGAGGGGGUAAGGCCGAGGGAGGUAGCUGUAAUGGUGAGGGGGGGCUCCACUGCUCUCCACAGUCACUAACGACUAACGGCUAUGUAUUCAACGCCACGCUCGUAAACAUCAAGACCGAAGAUACUCCCCUGGAGCAUCCGCUGGAUAAUCAGAGCGGGUACGCUGGCGAGGGGACGGGCCUGAGCCCUAGCACCACACUGGAGCAAAUGGACUUCAGUGCUGUGAUGUCAUCAGCCUGCGCCCAGAGCUUGGCACAGCAGAUACACCAACACUCCCCUAGUCUCUUCUUGCAGGCCUCCCCUAAGACCCCCCUCGCCCAGGCCACCCAGCCCCAGAUCUGUGCCUCUGAGACGGGCCAGGACUCAGGCGAGACCCAAGCUUAUCUGGGCCUACCUACUAUACCACAGACUGACUCUCCAGGCACCAACGGAGACCCUCACACAUACCUCCACCAACCCUCACCAGACCAACAUGGCGACAGUGAGGAAAGCAGCCAGGGAGGUCUAGUGGGGCUGGGUAGCUUUCCUGUAAGGGGGCAGGAGAUGAGAAAAGACCAGCUGAGCACCAGAGGACCUGGGAAGGUGACGUCCCCAGAGAAAGAGACACAGAAGAGGGCAGAGUUACUCCUCAAUCCUGGGGAACAGCAUGAUGCCUACAGAAACAACACUGGUGUUGGGAGAGGUGGAGAGCACUACCUACAGCCAACAACCAAGAGUGGGGGAGUAGAGGGAGGACAAGAAAUAGGAGAGAAAUAUAUUUUCAGUAACGGGGUCAGGGAUGCAGGAGUUAACAGCUCAGUGGUGGACAGUCCUCAGUCUCUAGCUGGAGCAGCCAUGGAGGGGGGGUUGUACAGCUCUACUCUUCCCCAGCCGGGUGUAGGGGAGGCUGGGGGAGCUGAGGGGGCAGGCGGGGGCAUCAGCCUGGAAGGCUUUGAGGCAUCGUUUGGGAACCAGUUCUCUGACCUCAUCAAUGACUUCAUCUCUGUGGAGGGGAGUGGAGGGGGGGCGGUGGCCGGGACAGGAGGCAGUGCACUCUACACCCCUGCUCUGAUGCCCCAGGAGGAGGUUGGAGAGGGCCAGGAGGCAGGAGCAGCCCCCAUUCAGGGUUCAGAGGUGGAGCAGGGAACUCUGAGAUUGCUGCCAGAGACGGGAAGGCUGUUUGGGGUGACGGACUACUCCCCCGAGUGGUCUUACCCAGAGGGUGGGGUGAAAGUGUUGAUAACAGGUCCUUGGCUGGAGGCCAGCAGGGAGUACAGCUGUCUGUUUGACCACAUCAGUGUCCCAGCUGCUCUCAUACAGCCAGGAGUACUGCGCUGCUACUGCCCUGCCCAUGAAACAGGUCUGGUGAUGCUGCAGGUGGCUAUGGGUGGGGAUGUGAUCUCUUCCUCUGUGGUGUUUGAGUAUAAAGCUCGAGACUUGCCCGCCCUGCCCUCCUCACAACACGACUGGUUGUCCCUGGACGAUACCCAGUUCAGGAUGUCCAUUCUGGAGCGUCUGGAGCAGAUGGAACAGAGGAUGGCUGAGAUAACCAAUCACCAUCAGAGCUCCGAAACCACAGCAGCCACGGGGGGAGGUGGAGGAGCAGGUGGCACUGACCACCAGUCCCAGCUCUCCCCAGCCGAGGGUUCAUUUGAGGGCCGUGUGGUGGUGGUGUGUGAGAAGAUGAUGACCCGCCCCUGUUGGGUUUCCUCCAAUCAGCUGAUCCACAGCCGGAGUUCCCGGGGCAUGACCCUGCUGCACCUGGCCGCAGCUCAGGGAUACGCAGGGUUAAUACAGACUCUCAUCCGCUGGCGCACUAAGCAUGCAGACAGCAUAGAUCUGGAAUUAGAGGUGGACCCGCUCAAUGUCGACCACUUCUCCUGCACCCCACUGAUGUGGGCCUGUGCUCUGGGUCAUACAGAAGCAGCGCUGGUUCUGUACCAGUGGGACCCCAGAGCUUUGGCCAUCCCUGAUUCGCUGGGCCGCCUGCCACUCAGUAUUGCACGCUCACGGGGACACACUCGCUUGGCCGAGCUACUGGAGCAGCUUCAACAGACUCCUCCUACUCAGAGUCCGCCCACUGACACCUGGAUGGACAGGUGGAGCAGCGAAUUGGAGCCCAGUGGACAUAGGGAAAGCCCCGCACCCAGCUCUAACCAAGACCUAAGGAGAACCAGGACAGAACCACAGCAGAGCACCCAGAACCACAGCCAGAGCCAGAGUCAGAGCUGGGCUCAUCAGGGCCAACCCCAGUUGCAGGGCCAACACCGGGGGCCACCAGACAACCAGGGAGACCUCCCACCAGCCAAGAGACUCAAACUCAACCCUGAGGCCCAGCAACAGCCAGUCAACCCCCCACGCUCUCAACUACCCAACCUCAGCCCCCUAAACACUCACCCACCCAGACCCAGCUCUAACACCCCAAAUCCCCACUUCCCCAGCCCACCUCUGCAGGCCAGGUUAGGGGGGUCAGGGGGUGGUAGUAGGUAUAGCUUGCGGCAGGCUCUUGGGAGGCGGAGUUUGGCCAGGAGGAUUCUGGGAAAGGAGAGACUGGCCAAUCAUCUGCGUCAGAGGGGCGUAUCCACCAGGGGGGAGGAGCCAGAACUUCUGACCUAUCAGGAGAACAGUGAAGACCUGCAGCACUUAUUUGUGUGUGUGUUGCAGAUGAACAUGAUGAUGCUGGCAGAACACAUCAUGGAAGCGACUCCUGACAGGAUCAAACAGGAGGGUUUUGUUGCCACGGAGACUGAGAUGUCGCCACCGGAGACCGUUGGGGUCAGCGGUGAUGUCAGCUGGUUGGCUAGUUACAUUGGUGACGUAGAGCGGUUUCUAUACUCCAGGCCCCAGAUGCCCACCCCAAGCCCCAUACCAAGCCCCCUGACUGGGCCUGAGGAUCAGGAAAGUCCCCUGGCUCCGCAAGGCCUGCCCUCCCCGGCCGACUGGAGCUCCUUCCUGCAUGCAUCACUCAGUGGAGAGGGCCCAGACACCAACCCUGCCCACCUCACACUGACAGAGGCGGAGCAAAGAGAACUGUACGAGGCUGCAAGACACGCCCACCACACCCUCAGAAAGUACAAGGGCCGGCCAAUCCAGGAGCAACGUAAAGAGACCGUAGCAGUGGUCCAGCGCUGCUAUAAGAAAUACAAACAGUAUGCACUUUAUAAGAGGAUGACGCUGGCAGCCAUUUUGAUCCAGAGCCGCUUCCGCAGUUUCCACGAACAGAGGAAGUUCCAGCAGAGCCGGCGAGCAGCAGUACUGAUCCAGCAAUACUACCGCAGCUACAGACACUCUCUCAGCAGUCUCCUCACUAAGAGACAGAACCAGGCUGCCCGUAAGAUCCUGAGGUUCCUGCUCAGAUGCCGCCACAGGUACUAA